UGUGGAAGUGAGAUUGUGGCAUGGGGAGGUUGCUAGGCAGUAGAGACACACACCUGCUGGCCGCCCUUCUCCUCCGCCUGUGGUUGGGCUCAGGCACGUGCCCCUGCGAAAACCCGGUGCUCUGCAAUCCCAUCUCUGAAAGCAGAGAGUUCGAGGUGCGCAGGAACAAGGUCCCUUAUGGGAACCAUGUGGGGGUAAAAUUUAUUAUUGUUGUUAUUUUGCAAUGAAUAGGAUUAAAGGGCACAUCGGCCAAUACCUAACAACAAAAUGGAUAAAUCUAACAGACGGUUGCAAAGUCACCUCCUGCCCUAGCCACCUGUUUUAAGGCUCCCCUACUACUUGGCCUGCUGUGUUUUCUUCCUCAAAGGGUAGCUCUGAUUUUAUUGAGCAGGGGAGGAAGGAGCUCUGGCAGAGGGGCUUCCAGGGAAUAUAGGACACUCUCCUCUCUGAAGGCAGCCAGCUCAAAGAGUGCCUUAAGGUCUCACCACCACUCCAUUCUCGAUUUCCAGGCCUGCACCCACUCCCUCCAUCCAGUGGUGUAUCGUGGGUUGCCAGUGCAUGGGGCCCGCAUGGGAGGGAGGGAAACGGUUGGAAUACGCAUGCAUACAUUCAACAGCCUAACGGUAUCCACGUCAUCCAGGAGAUUGCAGCCGCAGAGAAAGAGGAGUCAUUCUGUUGUCUGGAGAGGUUACACCCUGGUUCGCAUGGAGAAGCCAUUUUCAAAAGAGCCCAGCGACAGAAGCAUGCAGCUGUAUUGAGACAGCACCGGAUGUUGAAAUUUUGCGCCCCCUAACAAUUUUGCGCCCGGGGCAACUUCCAUACCACACCAAUACCUCCAUCUGUUCAGAAAGGAAGGAAGGCAAGCUUUCCUCAGAUGAGGUGGAAGGGGAAGAGGAGAAGGGAGACAUUGUGGGAUCUCUUGAGUUACUUUCCCUUAACAAGUUAUGUUUUUCCCUUCCUGUUCUGUUGUUUAUUUUUUGACUUGCUUGCUUAAGCACGAAUUGAACUGGUGAGGGGCGUGCCCUGCCCACCAGAUGUACCCUCUAAAAUUUUUCAUUCCCUGCCAAUGGGGGGGGGGAGGUAACAUUCCACACAGACUCCCCUUCCUCCCCUUCCUCCCCUUCCUCCCUACAGAGAAGGAACUUAUUGUGGUAAAUACCAACUUUCGCACCUCCAUAUCAGGAGAAGCUUCCUCUGUUAUCUCCCCCCCCCAACACGUAACAAAGACACAGAAGCACAAACAUAGAAAUCCUUUCCUGGGAUGUCGAGUGACAUCCUCUAGGACUCAGGAGGGCUUAUGUGUAAGUCGGAGUUUCCCCUUGUACAAAACUGGGUGACAGUGCAUUCUGUAUCAAAACACUAGACAAAGAGUUGCCUUUUAGUAGAAGACGUGGGUGCAGAGUAGCGACCAAAGGAGACAAAUUGAACAUAUAUUUUUGGGCGGCAGUGUACUGCUGGAUCCACGAUUUGUUGGGCACCCUACUUUUUAUUAAUUCGCAACACAACACUUUAUUGGUCAACUGCGAGAGUGUGCUUGGCAUUUGAGACAUUAAACAAAUAGAGCUGGUGAAGAGAGUUAACAUCUCCAGCUGUUAAGGGAGAGAGAGAGAGAGCUAUCUACUUUGCUAUGCUUCUGCAGGUCUUUGUAUUUGAUGUCGGCGGGAAAACUUGGAAGCUCUAUGACUGGUCGCAAAUUACGACAGUGGCGACUUUUGGAAAAUAUGACCCUGAGCUCAUGUGCUAUGCUCAUUCGAAAGGAUCCAGAGUAGUUUUAAAAGGUAUCUUCUGAGCAGGGUAAUAAGAACAUUUUUGCGCAGACUUGGAAUGGAUGCUUUCUGAAGUAUAUGUCUCUUGUAGGUCAAUGAAGUUUACUUCCAUUAAGUGCACGUGUGACGGCAAACCUUAAUAUGACCCUAUAUGAGAAUCACAUAACAACUGUGAUUCUCAUCACAGUUUCUCUGUAGUGUGUGAAAGUAAGUUGUUCCACCAGCUGGUACUACCUGAGAGGCCUAGAACUGGCUAAUAAUCUCCAGCCUACGUUAAGAUGCCUCUGCUAUAAAAGAAAGAAAAUAGUCUGCAUUGCAUUGCUUUUGGGGAAUCUCUCUUUUGAAGGUUCACAGCUUUAGAUGCAUGUAGAAUCUGCUGCGUUCUUUGCUCACCCACCUAAACAAGUUCCACUGAUUUCAUAGACGUUCUUCAGGUAGCCUUUCCCAGGAAUGCUGUUCAACUGCCGCCACCCAUCUUGGUGUGGAAAUCCCCAAAGGCAUAUGGCGAAACAUCCUCUCCCUGAUUCAACAAAAUCAGCUUGUGUAUUCAGCCACUGUAGCAGCAGAUACACAUCUGGCAUUAGCUUUGCCCAAGGCAUGAUGGAGAGCAGCAAUGGCUGGAAAAAGAUAGACAUAACCAGUGGCGUAGCGUGGGGGGUGCAGGGCGGGCCGGCCGCACCGGGCGCAACAUCGGGGGGGGCGAGCUCGCACUCGCAGCUCUCUGCCCCUACCUGGCUCACGGGUUAGGGGGCGCAAAUUACUUGCCUUGCUGACAACCCACGCUACGCCACUGGACAUAACAUUUUACAAGGACAGGAAGGAACACCACAGACAGAAUAAUUGUCACACACAGGAGGAAUAAGGAUGUAGUUUGAAUGCUUCACCUUUAGUUUUAUAAACUCUUUAAAUGUGUGAAGACGAAUGGAUAUAAUUAAUAUUGCAGUUGUUGUAUAAGGGAUUUUUUUUGACUGAAAGGUAAUUGAGAUGAAUAAGAUUUUGGAACACAGAAACAAAGCAAGUCAUCAAACCAUCAAUUCUAGCAUGCGGGAGGCCACCUAAAUUAUAUAAAUUAUAUAAUGAUUGGGAUUAGUAAUUGUAUUAUAAUUUGGCAUUGUUAUAAUGAGACUAUCAUUGGAUAGCUGUAACUGAAAACUAAUAAAAAUUAUUGUAAAAAAAAAUACACACCUAGCAAUCCAUCUGCAUCUGUAUCACAAAUUGACUUUAUUGAGUUGGUUGUAUGCAGCUGUGGCCUGUGCACCCCCAUCUGGGGCCACUAACUAUUGCGAUUGACUAAUUGCCCUUCAUUAGAGCUAUAACAAGACGAAUGUGUUUACUUUAUUUCCAACCAUUUUAAAAAACUUAUCUCCCCCCCCACCCCGCCGCCAAAAGGAGAUUCAAAGUCUAUAGAUAUAGACAGUAAUGAAAUAAGUGGUUCAAACUCUAAUCCUAAAGUCAUGGGGUAGACUUCUGAGUAAACAUAUUUAAGAGGUCGGUGGUAUUUUUAUAUACAGGGAACAACCAUUUUGCACAUGUUCAAAGCUCAUGCAACCAUGCGCCAUUUUCAGACCUGGAAGAGGGUGUGAUGGGAGUUCAUGUCCCGCUGAUGUGUGCAAUGACCCAGAAUGCAGCUGUUUAUAUAAACAUCUCAUCUAGUGAAAUUUGUAUUUACAUUUGUAUUAAUUUGGUGAAAAAUUGUUUUUUUUAAAAAAAUUGGAAAAUCAAUAAAAACAAUAGGCCAAAUAUAUAUAUAUCAUCUAGUGAUGCAAAACUUUGACAACUAAUUGCCAUUUGUUCUUUAGGAGACAUACCUCUGAAGAAAAUUGUUAACCCUGCUGCCAGGACAGCCUGGAUAAACCAUCAGGUGGCCCUGGCCAAAAGGCAGUACAUGGAUGGAAUCAAUAUAGACAUUGAGCAACAGGUUAAAAAGUAUUCGGCCAAAUAUUAUGCAUUGACAGCUUUGGUUGAAGAAAUGACAGAAGCAUUUCACAAAGAAAUUCCAGGAUCACAGGUAAAAAUAAAGCAGAUUCCUCUUACAGGUUGUUUACAUAUCACAUGAUGAAGUGUGUCACUCCAAUGGAUGGGAUUCAAGGCUCCUGCUGGCAUUUCCCAUUGUGAGCAAAAAAUUUGGUCCUGAAUGUAAGUGUAGAACUCUAAAAGUAUGAAGAACUGCAAAAUUCUACAGUACAAAUUCUACAAACACCUUCCAUAUCUCCUCAAAGUCAUUUCUCCUGCAUAUUCCCCAUCUUACAUGUUAAUUUAUCAUUAAUAGCUAUAUCCCACACCUCUUUAUACCAUUCUUCCAUUUUAUAUUCUGCUUACCCCUUCCACUUCCUAGCUAUAAUAAUUCAUGCAGCUGCCAAUAAAUUUGUGAGCAAGUCCUUCAUAUUCUCUUCUUAUGUUCCUAUAGUAGCAGUUGAUGAUGAUGGUUAGCAUUUCAAUUUAUUACUCUCUCUUCUUCACUAUAAGGUAUUUUAAAUUGUUGUAACCCAUCCUGGGAUCUUAAUAAUAGUAAAAACAAGUUAAAACUAAUUACAGUCCCAAGAAUAGUCUGGGUCUUAAAAAUACGUUUCCCCCCACAGGUUCACUGUUUGUAAAAAACAAAUACAGUGGUACCUAAGGUUACAGAUGCUUCAGGUUACAGACGCUUCAGGUUACAGACUCUGCUAACCCAGAAAUAGUACCUCGGGUUAAGAACUUUGCUUAGGAUAAGAACAGAAAUCGCGCAUCGGCGGUGUGGUGGCAGCAGCGGGAGGCCCCAUUAGCUAAAGUGGUACCUCAGGUUAAGAACAGUUUCAGGUUAAGAACGGACCUCCAGAAUGAAUUAAGUUCUUAACCUGAGGUACUACUAUAACCUAAAACCAACUAACCAACUCUUUAUCAACUUAAGCCACAAUCCCAUCUGAGAGCACUGUUGCGUUCUUUUAGUGUAUCUGUGCCAGCUUUUUGGCCUUCUGUGAACACCUAUUCUGUAACGGAUAGCCAGUGCUUUUUUUCCUUUAAAAAAAAAAUGUUUAGGGGUACUCUCAUUUUCCUACUCAUAUUGAAAUACUGCCCCUCAGUGAGGCCAAACUUAGAUUCACAAAAUAUGCAUACCCCUGCGUACCCCCCAGAAAAAAGCACUGAAUUCACAACAUAUAUGUGUUCAGCUAGGCUGUGGGAAAACCCAAAUAUAUGCAAAGUGUGAAGAGCUGGCUGCUCAAAUUGUGGGUGGCUGCACUAAUGGAGAAAAUUGGCAAGCUAGUCUUGAAAUUUAGGCUGGAAUCCCACACUUAUCUGGGUGUGUGCCCCAUUGAUUACAGUAGGACAUACACCUGAGGAAACAUGUAUAGAAUUCAGCUCUAAUGACACUCCCUUGUUAUAAUUUGGAAAAAAUAAUGGGCAUAUAUAUAUAUAUAUAUAUAUAUAUAUAUAUGGUUCUGAUAAUGCUGCAGUUGAGGUGGAAACAUUUUUUCGAUUGUAAUUUUUAAUGCAAUGUUAUUGGACAGGGGUCAACAAACUUUUUGAGCAGGGGGCCGGUCCACUGUCCCUCCGACCUUGUGGGGGGCCAGACUAUAUUUGGCGGAGGGAUGAACAGAUUCCUAUGCCCCACAACUAACCCAGUGAUGCAUUUUAAAUAAAAGCACACAUUCUACUCAUGUAAAAACACCAGGCAGGCCCCACAAAUAACCCAGAGAUGCAUUUUAAAUAAAAGCAUACAUUCUACUCAUGUAAAAACACCAGGUAGGCCCCACAAAUAACCCAGAGAUGCAUUUUAAAUAAAAGGACACAUUCUACUCAUGUAAAAACACACUGAUUCCCGGACUGUCUGCAGGCCGGAUUUAGAAGGUGAUUGGGCUGGAUCUGGCCCCCGGGCCUUAGUUUGCCUACCCAUGUUAUAGGGUAUGCUUGUGUGUGUGUGUUGUUACUGCAAUAACAUUGACAAUUGUUUCUACAAAUAAUGCCUGUUUAGUGACAAAUGUGCAGUUCUCUUUCCUCCCCAGGUAACUUUUGAUGUACCCUGGUGUCCAGAAUGCAUAUACAAAAGAGUAUACAACUAUACUGGGAUAGCUAAUUCCUGUGAUUUCGUGUUUGUGAUGUCUUAUGAUGAACAGAGUCAGAUGUGGUCACGCUGCAUACUAGGAGCUAACGCUCCAUACAACCAAACCUUAGCUGGUAAGAGUUAGCCUCAGUUUAUGGACUAUGAAAAUCCACUGGAAAUUGGCAGUAGGCUUAGCAACCCUAAGAACCUUAAUUAGAAUAAAUUAUGUAAAUUGUGGAACUUCGAAUAAAUCUGUAUAUUGCUUGGAAGCGAUACAUUAAAACCAUGUUUGAGAGAGUUGCGAUGCACAUCUUUAAGCAGCUACAGUAGUAGAAAUCCCAGUUGUGGAUCUUGGUUCUAAAGGAAAUGUAGCCACCUUAAAAUCUGUCAACAUCUGUUCUCAUAUUAAGGUGCCUUCUUGAUAAGCGUAAGACAUAAAUCACAUGGAAAAUGGAAUCACACAGCACUCUUCAAAGGCUGCAUGUGAAAAAGACUUGGAGGGCUAGUCGUAUCUUGAAUGUUUCUCAACAGCUUUUGAUUUGUUAAUGCUACAAACGUAGCUGCAGGCGUGGAAGUAAGAAUAAAAAAGCAGGCAGGUAAAUGUUAAAUUUUAUAUUAAAUUAGGCUAUGACAAUUAUAUUCGCAUCGGCAUUAAUCCCAAAAAGCUUGUGAUGGGUGUUCCAUGGUAUGGCUAUGAUUAUACCUGCCGAGGUUUAUCUAAGGUAAGAGAAAGACUGCUAAUUUCUAACUAUGUUUUGCUCACUGUGGUUUAUAAAGUUUGUUUUUGUGGGCACGGAUUCUACACUGCUUCAAAACUGUUGUAACAGCCUGCGUUUUACCUCCGCCCAAUUUUAUAAAUUUGCACACCGUGGUUGGUGCGUGGUGUACUUAAGCAGAAUUUUGUUAAGAAAAUGGAGAGCUUGUUAAACAGGAGAUAUCUUAUUUCUGAGAGAUUUUAAUGGGGUAGUAGACUCUUGUGUGGAGGAUGAAUUAAAAUAUAUGCACAUGAUCUACAUAGCGCUUUUUGUGCUUUAGUACAUUUGCAUGACACAAGUUGUGUUUCUUCAGGACCAUGUUUGUUCCGUUGCAAAAAUCCCCUUCCGAGGGGCUCCAUGCAGUGAUCCUGUGGGACACCAAGUGCCCUACAAAGCAAUAAUGAAGCAGAUAGUUCCCAGAUCACUGUCUGGGAUCCUGUGGGAUAAGGAACAGAAAGCUCCAUAUGUGGAAUACAAGGCAAGUUGUAAAAAAAUCCUUUAUAUGUUUUUUUUAAAAAAACCAUUUAUUUAUUAUUCUAUAUAUAAAAAAGAAAGUUACAGCAGUGCAUCUGUUCAUUCAGAAUUUAAUCCCUCCUGGCAAGAAGCCACCUCGUACAUUCCUAGUUCCAACACACAAAAUUCUGGUAAUCUCAUGGUGGUCUAUCAGUUUUCUGUAAUAAUUGGAGAAGAGAGAAAAUGAUAAAUGCACAACAGCAAUAAUUUAACCAAAGGAGGAGGAAAGGUGGACGGAAAGUAAUCUGUUUAUUUUUUUAUUUAAUUUUUAUUGGAAUUUUAUUUACAACAUAACACAAACCCCCAAUACACAAAUCCACCCUUAUUAAACAUGAACUUAACAUACAGUGAGUAUAACAUUCAACAAUACAAACAACCAAAUAAAAGGCUUCCUUUAUCCUGUAUCUGGCCUCUUUAUUUACUUCUUAUAAACUGUUUCCUUUAUGAAUAAUUAUUAAGAUUUUCCUAAUUAUAUAAAUAUCCACAAAGUCUCCUGAAGACAUUAAUAGAAACAAAUUCAGGUAUGUAUUUUAGGGCACUGUUUUGUGAAGUAUUCUCUGCAUUUUCCCCAUGCUUUUUGAAACUCUUGUCUAGUGUGAUCUCUAACUGCCUCUGUUAAUCUAGCCAGUUCAAUAUACUCUAACAGUUUAACUUGCCAUUCCUUUUUUUGUUGGCACAGUUUCUUUCCCCCCAGUUUUUAGCAAUUAUUUCUUUAAAAUUUCUCUUUUAGCUAGUUGCAUCAGUCCCUGUAACCAAGUCUGUAUUGAAGGGGCUUAGCUUCCCAGUAGCACCAUAUUGAUUUUACUUUUACUGUCAAGCAAGUUUAAUAAUAAUGAUAAUGAUAGUUCCUAUUUAUACCUCGCCCGUCUGGCUGGGUUUCCCCAGGCGGAUUGCAGCAUAUCUAAAAAACAUAAUAAAGAACACAUAUCAAGCAUUUGAAACCUCCCAAUACAGGGCUGCCUUCAGAUGUCUUCUAAAAGUUGUGUGAUACUUUAUCUCCUUGACAUCUGAAGGAAGGGCGUUCCACAGGGCAGGCGCCACUGCUGAGAAGACCUUCUGCUUGGUUCCCUGUAACAUCACUUCUCACAGUGAGGGAACCGACAGAACGACAGAAGAAAACUUGCCUACUCUUUCCCAUCAGCUUUCUGCAGAAUAAUUUGCAGAAGAUACCAGAUCUAUUUAACUGGCCAGUGUGUGUAUAGUCCUAGUUCAGGCUUCCUCAACCUCGGCCCUCCAGAUGUUUUAAGACUACAAUUCCCAGCAUCCCUGACCACAGGUUCUGCUAGCUAGGGAUCAUGGGCAUUGUAGGCCAAAAGCAUCUGGAGGGCCAAGGCUCAGGAAGCCUGCCCCAGUUCCUUGGAUUUUUCCUAUGCUCAUGAAUACCUAAAGCUGUGAGGCUGUGUUUGGAAAGAACACAGGGAAAGCACGUUAACAUCUUUUCUUCGUUUGACACAUUUUCAGGACCCAUGGGGCGCUUUCCACCAAGUGUGGUUUGACGAUCCCAGGAGCAUUUCUCUGAAGGCAGCCUACGUGAAAAAACGCGGCUUACGAGGCAUUGGCAUGUGGCAUGCGGAUUGUCUCAGCUACUCUGGAGACUCGGCAGCACAAGGGCAGACAGCAGCAAUGUGGGAGGCCUUGAAACCAAAGUGACUUUAUGAAAAUGUGGGAUAAAAUUUGGACAGCUGUGAAUGGCUACUUUCCUUCGUGGGCAUAGACUGCAAAGAGGGGAGAAUCCUUUGAAAUGUACCUCACCUUUCCCUCACUACAGUAAAAAGGCAUACUGUGUACUAUUGUACCAAUGGAUUCUUAGUGUCAUUUAUUUAUUUCUGUAUAAGAAGGGGGGAAACGUUACAGCAAUGACCCUGUGUAUGUUACCUUGAGUUCCCUGGAAGAAAGGCAACAUAAAAAUGUAAUAAAUGAGUCACCAAUCGAAAACCUUCUAUAGCUGCCGUUGGACCUCAUUACUUGACUUAAAACAUGCAUGCUAUGAAUAUUAGGCAGUAUUUGGGGAUAUGCUGCUGUAGUUAAAAUGAGCAUCACGCUGCGCAAAUGAAAGCCAUGCACAAUUUCUCAUACACAAACUGAAAAAUGAACAGUCCAUCAUUUGGAUGGGGAGAAAAAAUAUUGCAUUGCUGAAUUAUUUGUGGUUUCCAUAGUCUAGUUCAAUAUGAGUAAUUCAGUAGGACAGUUUGGUUGUGUCUUCAGGCCUUCACUUUUAAAAACUAUAUAACAAAACAUUGUUAAUA